AAAAUUUCUACCUUAUUUCAGAGGUUAAGACGACUGUCCACCAAGUACAGAACUGAAAAAAUUUACCCUACAAUCACUGGAGAAAGAGAGGAAAAUGUUAAAAAGAACAGAUAUAAAGAUAUUCUGCCGUUUGACCACAGCAGAGUAAAACUUGCACUGAAAAUUCCUUCCUAUGAAUCAGAUUACAUCAAUGCAAAUUUUAUCAAGGGUGUGUAUGGACCUAAAGCAUAUAUAGCAACCCAGGGACCACUAUCUAAUACUGUAGUAGAUUUCUGGAGAAUGAUCUGGGAGUACAGUGUUGGAAUAAUUGUUAUGGCCUGUCGUGAAUUUGAAAUGGGACGGAAGAAAUGUGAGCGAUAUUAUCCCAACUUUGGAGAGCAGCCUUUAAGUUUUGGACCAUUUCAUAUUUCAUGUGAGGAUGAACAAUCAAGGAAAGAUUACUUUGUAAGGAUACUUCUAGUGGAGUUCCAGAAUGAGACUCGAAGAAUUCAGCAGUUUCAUUAUGUGAACUGGCCAGAUCAUGAUGUCCCAUCAUCUUUUGAUUCUAUCUUGGAUAUGAUUAGUUUAAUGAGAGACUAUCAGGCUCAUGAAGAUGUACCCAUAUGUAUACAUUGCAGUGCGGGCUGUGGAAGGACAGGGGCUAUCUGUGCAAUAGAUUAUACAUGGAAUUUGCUUAAAGCUCGGAGAAUACCUGCUGAGUUCAAUGUAUUUAGUCUAAUUCAAGAAAUGAGGACACAGCGGCAUUCAGCAGUCCAAACUAAGGAGCAGUAUGAACUUGUACAUCGUGCUAUAGCUCAGCUAUUUGAAAAGCAACUUCAACUGUAUGAGAAUGAGUCUAGGAAGAUUGUGGAUGGAUUGGAUGAAAAUACAGACAGCCAAACUAGUUGCACAGAGAGUGAGAAAAUGGAUUCCCCCCCACCAAAGCCACCUCGGAUACGUAGCUGCCUGGUCGAAGGAGAUGUCAAGGAGGAAAUUCUGCAACCACCAGAGCCGCAUCCUGUUCCUCCAAUUCUGACACCAUCACCUCCUUCAGCUUAUCCUACUGUGACUACAGUGUGGCAGGACAAUGAUCGCUAUCAUCCGAAACCAGUUUUGCAUAUGGCAUCCUCAGAGAAUACAACAGAUAUGAAUGAGAACUAUAGCAAAUCUGGAGGAGUUUUUGGAAAGAAUGAGCCUAUUGUUGAGAAGAAGUUGGAGCGCAAACUAAGUAUUGAAAUAAAAAAAGUACCUCUCCAAGAAAGUCCAAAAAGUUUUGAAGCUAGUGCAGGCUUGCAAAGAGGACUUGGCAUUAAAAUGAAAUCUGCCUCAUCCUAUGCAGUUGACCAAUUAGCUAAGCCUCCAAUGUCAGCCUCUCUAGAGUGUCUCUCUGUUAUGUCUUCAAACCCUUGUAUUGACUGUAGGAGUUUGAAAUCAUCUAAAACUUUUUAGAAGAUACACCUCAUCAGAGAAGUUGCAACCCUCCAUCAAGACCAGACCAUCUUCCUCUAGAGAAAGAACUUUCUGUUUCUACUAACUUUGGCAAUGAGCAAACAAAGUGUAAAAAUGUGUCUUCCUCUGCUGAUAAACAUUUAGAUACCCAUUCUUUUGAUAGUAAAACUGUAAUAAAUAGCAGUGUUCUUGCAUCACAGAUAACGAGUCUAAGUGAUCACAGCAAUGCACCAACACUUCAAGCACCGUUAUCCUUUACCAAUCCUCUUCACUCUGAUGAUUCGGAUACAGAGGAAAAUAAUUCUUAUGGAUCCAUGACAAAAAGCUUGUCUAAUAUUUCAACCGCAAGUGCCACUGUUUCUGCAGUCUCCGCAAUAGAGAGUUCCACUAGAAAAGUAGUGCCCAUGUCUAUCGCCAGGCACGAUACACCUGUAAUAAAACACAAAAGUGCUGAAAAAGAUCAUGCAAGAGACCAACUAGCUGAUGCCAUUCCAGAUACUGCACUGCAAAACUCCACUGACUUGAAAGACCAUUUAAACACAAAGCAGGAGAGUUUAGACACUGGUUUCAGUAACAGUGAUGCGGCUAGAAGAUCAGGGGAUUCGGCUGAAGACCGCACGCAAUGA